AUGGAGAAACCUCAUAGCUAUGGUCCUGGAAGCGUAGCCCUACGGGAGAUUCGUCGCUACCAGAAAUCGAUGGAGUCACUGAUUUGCAAUUUGCCAUUCCAAUGUCCUGUGCGAAAGAUCGCACAUAACUUCAAGGCGGACUUGCGUUCUGAGUCGUCGGCAGUAAUGGCUGUUCAAGAAGCCGUAGAACUUAAUCUGGAUGGACUGCUUGAGGACACGAACUUGUGUGCAAUCCUUGCUAAAUGCCUCAGAGUCAUACACGAGGACAUAUAA